GGUACAUAUUUUCCGCAUUACCACGUACUCAACGAGGAGCACCAUUAGUUCUCGGUGGCGACCCAAAAGGAAAUAAUUUUUUAUAUACCAACGGAAAUAGUGUUAUUAUAAGGAACAUCAAUAACCCAGCGAUAGCUGAUAUUUAUACAGAGCAUUCAUGCGCGGUAAAUGUUGCUAAAUAUUCGCCCAGCGGAUUUUACAUCGCGUCUGGAGAUCAAUCUGGAAAAAUAAGAAUUUGGGAUACCGUGAACAAAGAACAUAUCUUGAAGAAUGAAUUUCAUCCAAUUGGUGGACCAAUCAAAGAUAUUGCAUGGUCACCUGAUAGUCAGAGGAUGGUUGUCGUUGGUGAAGGUCGUGAACGAUUUGGUCAUGUGUUUAUGGCUGAUACCGGAACUUCAGUGGGAGAAAUAUCUGGGCAAAGUAAACCAAUAAACUCAUGUGACUUUAAGCCCAGUAGACCAUUCAGAUUAAUUACCGGUAGUGAAGAUAAUACAAUUGCAAUAUUCGAAGGACCUCCAUUCAAAUUCAAGAUGACAAAACAAGAACAUUCAAGAUUUGUUCAAGCAGUUCGUUACUCACCAACCGGUAAUUUAUUUGCGUCAGCUGGCUUCGACGGUAAAGUUUUUAUUUACGAUGGCAAUACUUCUGAUCUUGUCGGCGAAGUUGGUUCACCAGCGCAUCAAGGCGGAGUUUACGGGGUUGCCUGGAAACCGGAUGGCACGCAAAUUUUAACGGCUUCAGGUGAUAAAACUUGUAAAUUAUGGGACGUUGAAACCCGUACUCUCAUCACGGAAUUUCAUAUGGGAUCCACGGUUGAUGAUCAACAAGUUAGUUGUCUUUGGCAAGGCGAUCAUUUAUUAUCAGUGUCGUUGAGUGGUUUUAUUAAUUAUCUCAACGUUAAUGAUCCAACAAAACCUCUGAGAAUAGUUAAGGGUCACAACAAGCCAAUCACCGUUCUAACAUUGAGUCCCGACCGAGAAACAAUUUACACCGGCUCACACGAUGGAUACAUCACCAAUUGGAACGCAAAAACCGGUGAAAAUGACCGCGUAUCAGGUCAAGGCCACGGCAAUCAGAUAAACGGGAUGAAAGCCGCCGAAAAUUUACUCUACACUGCCGGUAUUGAUGAUACAAUUCGCGCUGUUGAUAUUGCGACAAACGCCUACUCAGAAUCGUUGACAAUCAAACUCGAUUCACAGCCCCGUGGGCUUGAUAUCUACAAUAACAUCGUCAUAACCGCAUCCCUCAGGCAGAUCAACUUAACCCAAGACGGACGUAAAAUUUCAAAACUUCCGAUCGACUAUGAAGCGUCUUGUGUCGGUGUAAAUCCAAGCAAUGGUGACGUAGCAGUUGGAUCAUCAUCAGACAAUAAAGUUUACAUCUACAACCAAUCAGGCACCUCACUGACUUUUAAGACUGAAUUAGAGCAUCUUGGACCUCUUGCUCAUAAUCGAGAAUGGGGCUUCCAUAAUGCCCGCGUAAACACAGUUGCCUGGAACACAGACUCAACAUUGGUUGCAAGUGGUAGCUUGGAUACCACUAUUAUUAUUUGGAGCGUGACAAAUCCUGCUAAACAUACAAUUAUUAAAAAUGCGCACCCUCAAAGUCAAAUUACGCGACUCGUGUGGCUGGACGAAGAAAAUUUAAUUUCCGUUGGCCAAGACUGCAAUACUAAAAUAUGGCGCAUAGAGCCUCCGUCAAGCUAUAGAUUAAAUGAUUAG